AUGUCCAAACCAUCGAUCGGAUUCGUCGGCCUCGGAGCCAUGGGCUUCGGCAUGGCCACCCACCUCGUCAAGCAGGGCUACCCAGUCCAUGGCUUCGACGUCUUUCCAGCCUCUAUCGAGCGCUUCAAGGCCGCUGGCGGCAUUCCUGCUUACUCUCUUCGUGAAUCCGCUGAAGGCAAAAACUACUACAUCGUUAUGGUGGCGUCGUCGCCGCAGGCGCAGGCAGUCUUGUUCGCUGAAGACGGCAUCGUGCAGCACCUCCCACAAAACGCAGUCCUCAUGCUCUGCUCCACGGUCUCCUCCAUGUACGCGCAAUCCGUCGUCGCCGAACUGCAGAAUCGCGGCCGCGGCGACAUCCUCUUCGUCGACAGCCCUGUCUCCGGUGGCGCCCUGCGCGCCGCGAACGGAACUCUCUCCAUCAUGGCCGGCGCGUCCGACGAAGCCCUCAACGCCGCGCGCGACAUCCUACAGGAGAUGUCGGACGAAAGCAAGCUAUACCUGGUCCCCGGUGGAGUCGGCGCAGGGAGCAACAUGAAGAUGGUGCACCAGGUCCUGGCGGCCAUUCACAUUCUCGGGGCGAGCGAGGCCAUGGGCUUUGCGGCGCAGCUGGGGCUCGAUGCGCCGGUGAUGGCGCAGAAGAUCCAGGCCUCGGAUGCGUGGACGUGGAUGCAUGAGAAUCGCUUUCCCCGGAUGGUGGAGGAGGAUUGGAAUUCUGGCGCCAGUGCAGUGACCAUUAUUCUCAAGGAUGCGGGCAUCAUCACCACCACCGCGCGCCAGCAGCGCUUCCCCACCCCGCUGUGCUCGACGGCCGAACAGAUCUACCUCUCCGCGUUGCUGCAUGGCUGGGGUCCGAAGGACGACUCGGCGAUGGUCCGACAGUACUACGCUCGGCCCCUCUCGGAGGCCUCCGUGUCCCCCGCCGCCGACGCCGAGGCGGCCACCGAGCUGGUCUUGGACUUGAUGCGGGGUGUUAACCUUGUUGCUGCUGCGGAAGCUGUGGCAUUUGCACGGCACCUGAAAGUUGAUCUUUCCAUGUUCCACACUCUUGUCAGCCAGGCUGCUGGUGGGAGCAAAAUCUUUAUCGAGCAGGGACUGGAGAUGAUCGAGGGACGGAUCGGUGAUAAGGCUCCGGCGGGGUCGGAGAGUGUAGACCAAGUCGCUGCGAAGCUUGAGACGGUUGUACAGAAGGCGCGAGAUCUCCACUGUCCGUUGCAUCUGGGUAAUGCGGCGCUGAACGUGCUGUUUAUGACGCAGAGACAUGGGUCUGGAGCGCAGAGUAGCACGAGCGUUAUUCGGGUUUAUGGGCAGUGA